UCUCACGGUAACCAACAUUCCAAAAAACUUUCAUCUCUCAUCUACCAAACAACAAGGAAAAUGGCUAGGAAAUUUGAGAGUGUCAAGGACAUAAGUGAUGCGAAGGAUCUUUGGAAGAUCUCUGUGAAAGUGAAAGAAAAAUGGACUAACGUCAAGGAUGGAAAAGAGUCUACUGAACUGUUGGUUGUGGACGAAAAGGGAGAUGACAUAUCUGUGUUCAUUCCUAAUGAGCUACAUCAGAAAUUUGAAAAAGACAUUCCUAUAUCUGUGAACAACACUUAUACCAUGCAAAAUUUUCAAGUUACCAAAAAUGAUGAUCAGUUUAAAACAUCUUCCCAUGAUUACAAGCUGAGGUUCAAUGGUGGAACUUUAGUCAAAGAUGUGAAUGUUCAUCAAAUUCCUGAUGCAGUCACAAAGUUGAAACCUUUUAGUGAAAUCGUCAAUCAAAAUUUCCGUGAAGAUUUAUUAUAUGAUAUUGUUGGAUUGGUGGAUCAAAUUGGUUAUUCACAGUCUAUGUCUGGAACUAGAAAAGUUCAAGUUAACCUUACUCUUCGAGACCUUAGCAACAUUCCAAUUGCUUGCACUCUAUGGGAAAACUAUGCAGCUAAGUUCUUCAAUGUUCAGAAUCAAGCUAAGGGAGAUCCAAUUAUUGUUUUGAUGAAAUAUGCUAAAAUCAGAAAAGAAGGAAAAUGGCCGUUAACAAUAUCAAACACAUGGAGUACCACUAAGCUUUUCAUUAAUGAAGAAGUUCCAGAGAUUGUGGAGUUCAAGAAAAGCUUAAUUGCCGGUAUUGAAAGCGGUACUGUGGAUCGAUUUGCUGAAACUCCAUCACAAAUGAUGAGCCAAUCGUAUGGAAGUUCGCAGUACACACCGCAACAAAUAUUCAUGCACAAUUCUGAGAUCAUGCCUCUGAGGAAAAUUGUUCAACUACCGCAGGAAACAAAAUGUGUGACCAUUGUCAACACAAUUAAGGUCAAGCCUACAAAAUAUGGUUGGUACUAUUUGACAUGCUUCAAAUGUCCUAAACAAUGCUUUGGUGAAGCUCCUCCAUACAAAUGUGGCGAUCAACAUGAAACUCAAACGGAAAUUCUGAGGUACAAGUUGGAUGUUGAGGUUGGUGAUGGUCAGGCUAAGGCAACUUUUGUUUUCUGGGACCGCGAAUGUGAACAAUUAAUUGGCAAAAGUGCCCUUGUCCUACGAUCUGAGAUGUUGGCGGAUGGAAUCCACGAUCCUCUUGAUUAUCCAGAAGACAUUGAUCUAAUUGCUGGGAAAACUUUAGCUGUUAAAGUUAAGUGGCAACCGAAGUGGAAGACCGGUUCAGUCAUACAAAUCAAUCAAGCAGAUGACUUUAUCAAUGAAAUCACCUCUCAGUUCCCACCUACUGAUGUUCCUCAAGGACUGGUCAAGGCUGUUGCUAAGAAAUUAGCUAUAGAGGACAUUAGCACUGCAGAAUCUGUACCACCAAAUAUAUUUGAAGUCGAGGCUGAAGUUGAGCCUACUCCUACUGCUGAAGAAAAUCCUGAUGUUGAUGACGUUAUACCGACGAUUUCUCUUUCUGCUUCUGAUGAGAUUGAUCCACUCAUUUUUGAAAUGAAGACACCAUCAAAACGGUCAAGUAAUGACCUAACAUCAACAUCUCAAGAUGCUGAAGUUGAAGAUUUAAUUGGAGAAAAGGCAUCAUCUACAAAAUUGUUGAAAGUUGGAGGAAAGGCAGCAGGAAAGAAAGGUCUGAAAAUUCCAAAAAAGGAAAAGUGAAGAGUUCAUGAACUAGGGGUUUAGAAUUAUAAGUGUGUUUUUCCUAAAUUUACUAUUUUGUUUAACUAUUAGGCUGAUCAAACAAGAAUUGUUGUAACAAUCUGAUUACUCUUUUAGUCUGUUUUCGUAUACAAACGCUACGUGUGAUGUGUAUGAUCUUUUGGUUUUAGGUUACGAUGUUUUGGUCAAUUUGUGUCCUUGAACUUAUUCACAAAUGUAGUAUCAAUUAACUAUUAAAAUUGACUAUAUCUUAUUGCCCCU